AGGCAGUCGCUGCCCAGCCGGUCAGGACGUGGGACGCAAGGGGCAAUCCUGCCUGGUUCGCAGGUCCGAGGCGGGCGCGGUGGCCCUUUGGGCCCCGCCCCGCCCCGCCUACCGGCAGCCAGGCCAAGACCCAAGCGGAGGUCGCGCCGACGCCUGCGCAAUGUAUGCGGAGAGCCACCACCGCCUCCGGUUCCGACUCCGAUGAUGGCGGACGGCGCCGCCGCUGGCGCUGGCGGCAGCACAUCUUUGAGAGAGCUGCGGGCACGGAUGGUUGCUGCAGCAAACGAGAUUGCUAAGGAAAGGAGGAAGCAAGGUGUGGUUAAUCGUGUUGCAACCCAUUCCUCAAAUAUAAGAUCGACAUUUAAACCAGUAAUCGAUGGAUCCAUGCUUAAAAAUGACAUAAAACAAAGAUUAGCAAGAGAGCGCAGAGAGGAGAAAAGGAGACAGCAAGACGCCAAUAAAGAAACACAACUACUUGAAAAAGAAAGAAAGACCAAGCUCCAAUAUGAAAAACAGAUGGAGGAAAGACAGAGAAAGCUGAAGGAACGAAAAGAGAAAGAAGAACAACGGAGAAUAGCCGCAGAAGAAAAAAGACACCAGAAGGAUGAAGCACAAAAGGAAAAAUUUACAGCCAUUCUUUAUCGUACUUUGGAACGGAGGAGACUUGCUGACGAUUAUCAGCAAAAAAGAUGGUCAUGGGGAGGCUCUGCAAUGGCGAAUUCUGAGAGCAAAACUGCCAAUAAACGAUCUGCAUCUACUGAAAAACUUGAACAGGGAGCUUCUGCUUUAAUCAGACAAAUGCCUUUGUCAUCUGCAAGCCUUCAAAAUUCCGUUGCCAAAAGGAAAACAGACAAUGAGAGAAGCUCAUCUUUAAAUAGAAGAGAUAGUAACCUACAUUCGUCUACUGAUAAAGAACAAGCAGAAAGGAAGCCACGUGUUACAGGUGUCACCAAUUAUGUAAUGCGGUAUGUCACCGUACCCUUGCGUAAAUGUACUAGUGACGAAUUGAGGGCUGUUAUGUUUCCCAUGUCAGCAAUGAAAAUACCUCCUCAAACAAAAGUAGAAGAGGCUCCCUUGGAGAAAGUAGAGACACCUCCCAAGGCAAGUGUGGAUGCACCCCCCCAGGUGAAUGUGGAAGUAUUCUGCAACACAAGCAUGGAAGCAUCCCCCAAGGCAAGUGUGGGCAUGGCUGCUGAGGUGAGCACGGACUCAUCCCCUGUGGCGAGUGUGGAUGUGUCACCUGUGGUGAGCACAUGUGAUUCUGAGAUGAGCACGAACGCAUCCCCCGAGUUGAGCAUAGACACACCCCUGAAGGUAUACCUGGAAACAGUUCCCAAGGUGAGCAUAGAAGCAUCCCCGGAGGUGAGCCUGGAAGCACUCCCAGAGGUGAGUGUGGAGGCAGCCCCAGAGGCAAGUGUGGAAUCACCCCCAGAGGCGAGCCUGGAAGCACUCCCAGAAGCAAGUCUGGAAGCACCAUCAGAAGUGAGCAUGGAAGCAGCCCUAGAGGGGAGCCUGGAAGCACCUCCCAAGGGGAGUACAGAAGGUGCCCCCAAGCAGAGUGUGAAAGGGUCACCCAAAGAGAGCAUGGAGGCGUCUCCUGAGGCAAUGGUGAAAGCAUCCUCCAAGACAUCCCUUGAAGCAAGCAUGGAAGCAUCUCCCAAGGCAAAAGCGAGAGACGCUCCAAAGAAAUCAGACAUGGUAAAACAGGCCUUAACCCUUAUUGCCAAGAAGCGUCUAUCAUCAUACACGGAGUGUUAUAAAUGGUCAUCAUCUCCUGCAAAUGUCUGUGGUCUGCCAUCUCCCAUCAGCACUAACAGGCAAAUCCAAAAGAACCGCCCUCCAUCACCAUUACCACUUAUUUCAAAACAGUCACCACCGACUUCUUUUCCUUAUAAAAUGAUGCCUAUUCAACACACCAUGUCUGUGCAAAGUGCAUCAAGUACUGUCAAAAAGAAAAAUGAAACAGUUUCUAAAACCACUAACAGAUGUGAGGCUUUGAGCCAAAGGCAUAUGAUCUAUGAAGAGUCUGGUAAUAAGAGUACUGCAGGUAUUAUGAAUGCCGAGGCGGCAACAAAAAUUUUGACAGAAUUACGCCGCCUUGCUCGUGAACAAAAAGAAAAAGAGGAAGAAGAAAGACAACGGGAAGAAAUGCAGGGAAGGGUCAUUAAGAAAUCAAAAGACGUGGCAAAGGAAGCAGUUGGAGGCCAAGCAGAAGACCUCUGGAAACUCAAAGAUGGGCAGCGACCAAAGGAGACUAAAAAGAAGAAAGGAUGGCUGGAUCAGGAAGACCAGGAAGCACCACUGCAGAUUCAACAUCCUACAUUGGUUUCCCCCAUCUUGCAUUCUGUGGUACCACAUACAACUCCAUCAACUGGACCUUAUACCCCUGUGACAGAUAAGAAAGGGGAUGCCAACAUAAAAGCUCAAGAGGAAGCUGACAAACGCAAGAAAGAACACGAGAGAAUUAUGUUACAAAAUUUACAAGAACGAUUAGAAAGGAAAAAGAGAAUAGAAGAAAUUAUGAAGCGGACGAGAAAGACAGAUGUAAAUGCCUCAAAGGUCACAGAAACAUCCAGCCAUGACAUAUAUGAAGAGGCUGAGGCUGACAACGAAGAAAGCGACAAGGACUCAUUGAAUGAAAUGUUUCCAUCAGCCAUUCUAAAUGGCACAGGCUCACCUCCCAAAUUUAAAAUACCGUUCAACAAUGCCAAGAAAAUGACACACAAGCUGGUAUUUCUAGAAGACGGUUCCAGCCAGGUCCGUAAAGAGCCAAAAACAUAUUUUAAUGGUGAUUUGAAAAACUUCAGACAAAAAAGCGUGAAAGACACUUCAACACAGGAAGUAGUUUCAAGACCAUCUUCCAAAAGAAUGACCAGUCACACAACAAAAACCAGAAAGGCGGAUGAAACCAACACCACCAGCAGAUCCUCUGCACAAACAAAAUCUGAAGGAUUCCAUGACAUCUCGCCAAAGUCCCCAGACACCUUUAGACGAUAAGAGAAGAAGCAAACCUGUUUCUCCUCAUUAGGUCAGAUACGUAAACCUUACUCAGCCUGGGAGAUGAAUACAUCUUCCACUCUGGAUAACUCAACUCCUGGGCCCAUCAGUCCUCAAAUUUUUCUGCUUCUGACUUGAACCUGGUAAAGGAAGUGACACCAAAAAAUUGAAAGAAACUGUCAAAAGGUCACCUUGAUGUAUAUCUCAGAAUAUGUUAAAAAUCAUGUUGUUCUCUUAUGUCUAAGCAAGAGCUCUAAGUAAAGAGUUGUUUUUGUUUUCUUUGGAAAAUCA